AUGAUCCGAAAGCACGAUUGUUUAAACAACGUCACCGUGCCCAUAUGGAACCGCCACCUGGUGUUAGCCUUGGGCAUCCCUCAACUUCUCAUCACCUUCAUCUCCGCCGUCUUCAACUCAGGCGUGGUCCUUGGGGUGGUGUUCUCCAAGGAGUUUCACAAACCCAUCUUCAUCCUGUUCUGCAACUUGGCCGUCUCUGACUUCCUCUGCGGCUCUUCGGGUUUCUGGAUCGCCAUGCUGUUCAUCACGGACCCUCAAAGCACCAUCGUGGGCUCCAAGGAACUCCUCAGAGCUUACGCCUUCUACGCCAUGUCGAUCCUGGCCACCAUUUAUAACCUAGUCAUCAUUGGGAUCGAACGCUACCUGGCUGUAUCCAGAAGCCUAAGGAUGAGAUGCAGAAUCACCAGGAACCAGAUAUUGAGUACCACCUUGGGUAUUUGGGUGUGCGCCUUCUCCUUGGGUUUCAUGCCUCUAAUGGGGUGGAACUGCUUGGAGAAGGAUAAGAUCUCCGCUCUGUACAGUCCGUUGUGCAUGGACUAUCUCACCUUCAUCACUAUUCCUCACUGCCUAGUAGUGUUAGUUCUACCGCUCUUCACUUAUCUAAACAUCAUCAUCUUUUUGAGGAAACACAAAGGAAGUAUGGAAACUCUAGGGCAGUGCCACGCUACCUACCGCCUAGCUGAAGUCCAGGUUGCGAGAACCAGUGUGUUGAUUUGGGUUUUGGCUUUGUUUUCCUAUGCUCCUUUCUUCGCCGGGGUUGUGUUUGAUUCAGCCACUCAACAAUGCCCCAACGAGCAUUCUCGAGCGAUCUAUAUCUUCAGAAACCUCACGGCAAUGAUGAUCACCAUUAACUCACUAGGAGAUCCCAUCAUAUACUCUCUGAAUAUGAAGAAGUUGGGGCACAGAUUCAGGUUUCUGAAACUUCCUUCCAGCAACCGCAUUGAAGUACAAGUCAUUGGACAGACCUGA